AUGGUUACAAUCAGGGGCGUGGCCGGCCCGAAGGUGGCGUCGCUGUCCGGGAGCCGCCGGGUCCGCCGGCUGCCCUCGCUGGGCCGCGUCGCGGUGGUGGUGGACCAGGGCUCGGGCUUCACCAAGGCGGGCUUCGCGGGCGAGGAGCAGCCGCGCCUGGUACUGAAGAGCUCCAGCCUGGUGCCCAGCUGGGACUGGCCCGUGCUGCCCGGCUGUGAGCUGGCGGGCGGCGUGGCGCGGGCGCACCCCAUCAAGCACGGCGUGGUGGUGGACUGGGAGGCGCUGGAGGGGCUGUGGGAGCGCCUGCUGGUGGGCGGCCUGCGGGUGUGCCCAGAGCAGUGGCCGGUGCUGGUGAGCGACUCGCCGUCGGCUCCGCCCGCGGGCCGCGAGAGGGUGGCCGAGCUGCUGUUCGAGGCCCUGGCGGUGCCCGCGUGCCACAUAGCCAGCACCGCGUUGCUGGCGCUCUGCUCUGUCGGCGCGUUCAGCGGGCUGGCCUUGGAGGCGGGCGCUGGCGUGUGCCACGCCACACCCAUCUAUGCGGGUCACUCGUGGCACGAGGCCACCUUCCGGCUGGACGUGGCAGGCAGUACUCUGUCGCGUUACCUGCGGGACCUGCUGGUGGCAGCCUGCCCCGAUCAACGAGUGCAUGCCCUGCCCCGCAAGGUCAUCACACAGCUCAAGAAGCGCUGCUGCUAUGUGUCGCUGGACUUCGAGGGUGACCUCCGUAACCCUGCCCGCCACCGUCCUGUCAGUUUCUACUUAGGCAAUGGAUGCUCUGUCUGCCUCAGCAGUGAGCGCUUCCGCUGCCCGGAACCUAUCUUCCAGCCGGGUCUGCUAGGCCAGGCUGAGCCGGGACUGCCCACCCUGGCCUUCCGGGCACUGCAGAGGAUGCCCACAACACUACGGACACGGCUGGCCAACACCGUGGUGGUGGCCGGUGGCUCCACGCUUUUCCCUGGCUUCACUGAGCGCCUGGAGAUGGAGCUGGAAGCCCAGUGCCGGCGGCAUGGUUAUGGGGCACUGCAGCCUCGCCUGGUGGCCAAACCCGGGCGUGGCACAGCAGUGUGGACAGGCGGCUCCAUGGUGGCCUCAUUGCGUUCCUUCCAAUGCCACUGGAUGACCCGGGCCAUGUACCAGGAAUGUGGCUCCAGGCUGGUGCAUGAAGUGUUCAACUGACUCAUGUUGGACUGGGGGGUGGGGUGCAGAGGCAGAGACACCUGGCAGGCUGAGCUGCAGCUCUAUCAGAGGCAUUGAGUGCCAGAUAAAAGGCUCAGUGAUUGGAGCUUGCAGAGUCGUGUGGUGAUGGGUCACCCUCUACCCCUUUCUGGGCCAGGAGGAGGUGGUCAGGACCCCUGGGGCCCUUACUUUGACCUGCAGUUUGAAUCCCCACUAACCAGUGCCAGUUCAGAGAAUGCCAGUCUAGGGGCCCACCCCCAGGGCCCUGUUUCCAUGGCAACAAGGAAGGCGAUGCCCCCACCUGUGUCCAGGCCACAGAUAUGGAAGUCCUCAUAACAUACCAACCCCUCAUCAUAUACCAUUUGGAUUCCCAUCCCAUGCCAGGCCCCAAGGGAUGACUGUUUGAAAAACUACUAAAUCCCAUGUGAAAGCAACCAGAAGGGGAAGCCCUGUCCUCAGAUGAUCAUCAACUUGCUGAGAGCCUCAAAGUGAGGUCAGGCACAAUCCCAGGCCUGCUCACUGUUCCUUCCUCACCCCCUUAGGUGGAGACAUUUCUUAAAAAGAACACAGA